CACCGCCGUCGCGCGGUCGUAGGACAUGGCCGCCAGGAGGUAGCUCUCGGUGAUGCCCAGAGCCACGAAGAAGUACAUCUGGGCAAAGCACGCCUGGAAGGAUAUGGCCUGGCCCGGGUGGAGCAGGCCGGCCAGCAGCCUGGGGACCGUGACGGUGGUAAAGCAGACGUCUACGAGGCUCAGGAACUCAUGCAGCCAGAAUCUGGGGCCAAUGGAACAGUCAUUGCUGAGUUCAUCCUGCUGGGCUUGCUGGAGGCGCCAGGGCUGCAGCCAGUUGUCUUUGUGCUCUUCCUCUUUGCCUACCUGGUCACGGUCGGGGGCAACCUCAGCAUCCUGGCAGCUGUCUUGGUGGAGCCCGAACUCCAUACCCCCAUGUACUUCUUCCUGGGGAACCUAUCAGUGCUGGAUGUUGGGUGCAUCAGCGUCACUGUUCCAUCAAUGUUGAGUCGUCUCCUGUCCCGCAAGCGUGCAGUUCCCUGUGGGGCCUGCCUUACCCAGCUCUUCUUCUUCCAUCUGUUCGUUGGAGUGGACUGCUUCCUGCUGAUCGCCAUGGCCUAUGACCGAUUCCUGGCCAUCUGCCGGCCCCUCACCUACAGCACCCGCAUGAGUCAGACAGUCCAGAGGAUGUUGGUGGCUGCAUCCUGGGCUUGUGCCUUCACCAACGCACUGACCCACACUGUGGCCACGUCCACACUCAACUUCUGUGGCCCCAACGAGGUCAAUCACUUCUACUGUGACCUCCCACAGCUCUUCCAGCUCUCCUGCUCCAGCACCCAACUCAGUGAGCUGCUGCUCUUUGCUGUGGGUUUCAUCAUGGCAGGCGCACCUUUGGUUCUCAUCAUCACCUCCUACAGCCACGUGGCAGCUGCAGUUCUACGAAUCCGUUCAGUGGAGGGCCGGAAGAAGGCCUUCUCCACAUGUGGCUCCCACCUCACUGUGGUUUGUCUUUUCUUUGGAACAGGUGUCUUCAACUACAUGAGACUGGGUUCAGAGGAGGCUUCAGACAAGGAUAAAGGGGUUGGAGUUUUCAACACUGUUAUCAACCCUAUGCUGAACCCUCUUAUCUACAGCCUCAGAAACCCUGAUGUUCAGGGUCUGUGGCGAAUAUUUUUGGGGAGGAGAUCACUGACCUGAGAGGUAAUGGGGUCCCUCCUUUCCUGCCUUUUCUGGACUGAGAAAAAUUUCCCAUGAAGACAGUAACCAGGAAAAAUUCAGCCACAACUAUUUUUCCUAUCUCCUGAUGCUUGAAGAUCGGUGUUACAUAUUUGUCCUACUAGGAAACCCUACAUAAUUUAUUCAUUCACCAAAUACUUAUUAGAGUACCUCUAUGAUCUGGACAGUCUUCCAAGGCAUUGGUGGACAAAAUGGACAAAAGUCUCUGCACUCAUGCAACUCACAUGCUAUAAAAGUAGACAAAUAAGCAUCAUAUAACCACAUGAUGAUAGUUUCUAUAGAGAUGAACAAAGAUGUUAAUAUGAAGUCAGGUUCUGCCAAGCAAGCCCUGUGCAAGUUUUACCCUGUUUUUGGCUGUGCCUACUUUCUGGGUAGAGUUAAAGCCUUGUAGUUCUGUGUGCCUGGAAAGCAGCAUUCUAUAAAGAAUGUCCAGUCGGUCAAUCACAGCCUAAGUGACCAAGAGUAUUUCUUCAAUAUUUCUGGUUAGGACAUGAGAUUCCCUGCAGAUCAAAAUAGGGGAAAAUUUUUUGUUUCUUUGUUUUGUUUUGUUGUUGUUUUGUUAAAAACUUGUUAAAAAGUUUUUUUAAAAAACCAAAACCAUAGGCCUAGUGCGAUGGAUUAUUUCAUUCAUUUGUUUGCCUUUCACCUUCGUUUUCUUCUCUCCGCUACCACAUAAGAAUCCUGCUGGACCGGGCACGGUAGCUGACGCCUGUAAUCCCAGCACUUUGGGAGGCCAAGGCGGAUGGAUCAUGAGGUCAGGAGAUCGAGACCAUCCUGGCUAACAUAGUGAAACCCCGUCUCUACUAUAAAUACAAAAACAAAAUUAGCCGGUGUGGUGGCGGGCGCCUGUAGUCCCAGCUACUCGGGAGGCUGAGGCAGGAGAAUGGCGUGAACCCGGGAGGCGGAGCUUGCAGUGAGCCGAGAUAGUGCCACUGCACUCCAGCCUGGGCGACAGAGCAAGACUCCGUCUCAAAAAAAAAAAAAAAGAAUCCUGCUGGGUGUUUAGGGAACAGGAAAGGUCUAGAGAGGAAAAGAGCCCACUAAAUUAAAACUGCAUUCAUACAUAUAUGAUAUAUCUUAAGGUCAUAAAAGGAAGGUUUCAUCUCCAUUCCCUGCCAUGCCUUUUUCUCUCAUUUAAUGUCACCUUCCUCACACAUAUGAUAAAGUUUUUGAAAGAGUAAAUGUUUGUAUUACAAUCAGGUCCUUAGAAUUUUCAAUGUAGAAUAUCCAAUAUAACCUUCUCCUCCAAAGUCUUACUUAGCUCUCUCAAAGCUCCUGGCUUAGAAAAUACAUACCCAUAAAUGUAGUUCCUGGAAAGGAGGGAUGCAUGCAUGCCUGUCUUCCUUCCUUCCCAGUGUAAAUAUAUUUAUUUUAAAAAUUAUUCAGAAUGUUAUACCUAAUAGUGGAAACAUUCAGAUGAUAUUAUUUUGUCAAGCAGGAAAUAAAAAUCCAAAUGUUCCUUCACUGCACCAAAAAUCACACUGUUCAGAGUUAACGCCUCUGACAAUUGUUGUGUUUUUUCCUCUAGCGAUUUCCUGUAUAUAUGAUAUGCCCAUUUCGCAUCAGUAGAACCAUACUGUUCUGUGAUCUGCUUCCUGUUUUUCCUGCAUAUUGUGCCAUACAAUCUUUUACAUAAUGAAGACUAACAUC